UUUAUAUCAUAAUAAUAAAUUAAUUUAAUAUUUAUUAAAAUAGUAAAAUAUAUUAUAAUAUCGGUUGAAUUGAUUGAAUCUCGUACCAAUGUCUCGUCCGGUAUGAAUAUUAAAAAAGUCAAACGAUCUUAGGAGGUAAGACUUAGUUUGGAGCACAAGAACAUUAUUUAUAUCGAGUUUUCAUAAAUUUGUCAAAAUAUAUUAUUUUAAUGUAAUCUUAACACAAAAACAUUAUAAUAUCGAGUUCCGUUUACAUGUCCAACUCUGCCGGAUUUUGGUUUGGAGUAACACCGAAGGUACGCUGAUAAAAGAAAAGGAAAGAAAAUAAAAAAUUAUAAUUAAUCAUUAUAUAUAGUCACAUGCUUGGCUGUAAUCUUCCAUUCUUCCUUAAAUUUCAAGAUUCUACUUUCCGUAUUUCUCUCUCCAGUUGGUAACGUUUGUAUAUAAAGGUGAAGUCUUUUGCUGUUUGAGCACAAGUGUUAUAAUAAGUUUGUUCUUACGUAAGAGGGGUUUUAGAAUGGCUAAGGAAUCAACAAAUGGGUCGAACAUUGUGAGCACCAAGCCACCUCCCGAGCCCUCACCACUAAGGAGAGCUAAAUUUUUUCAGGCAAACAUGAGAAUUCUAGUCACUGGUGGAGCUGGAUUUAUAGGCUCCCACUUAGUUGACAAACUCAUGGAAAAUGAGAAAAAUGAGGUGAUUGUUUUGGAUAAUUACUUCACUGGCUCUAAAGACAACCUUAGCCAAUGGAUUGGUCAUCCGCGAUUUGAGCUUAUUCGGCAUGUGGCUGGAAUAAAAGGUUUCCAGGGAACUCUGUUAUUCACGGUUUUAGCUAUAAUGAUUCCUGAUGUUACGGAACCUUUAUUAAUUGAAGUUGACCGGAUAUACCAUCUUGCUUGUCCUGCUUCUCCAAUUUUCUACAAAUACAAUCCUGUGAAGGUUGAUGGUCUUAUUCGACUGAUGGAAGGCGAUAAUACCGGGCCCAUCAACAUAGGCAAUCCAGGUGAAUUUACAAUGGCUGAACUUGCCGAGACUGUGAAGGAGAUGAUUAAUCCAGAAGUGAAAAUCAUAAGUGUAGAGAACACUCCAGACGACCCUCGCCAGAGAAAACCGGACAUAUCAAAGGCUAAGGAGUUGUUGGGAUGGGAACCAAAGGUUAAAUUGCGCGAUGGCAUUCCCCUUAUGGAGGAAGAUUUUCGCAAGAGGCUCGGGAUUUCAAGGAAGAAUUAA